CUGUCGGGAAGUAGGCGGGGUGACGUGGGGUUGACGAGCUCAGCGGCGGGUUUGCCGAGAUCAGUGCCCGGCGGCAGCUGGUGCGGGGGGCGGCCAGAGCCUUAGGUGGAGCGGGGCGGUGUGUGGCCGGGGCCAUGACGGGCAAUGCCGGGGAGUGGUGCCUCAUGGAAAGCGACCCCGGGGUCUUCACCGAGCUCAUUAAAGGAUUCGGUUGCCGAGGAGCCCAAGUAGAAGAAAUAUGGAGUUUAGAGCCUGAGAAUUUUGAAAAAUUAAAGCCAGUUCAUGGGUUAAUUUUUCUUUUCAAGUGGCAGCCAGGAGAAGAACCAGCAGGCUCUGUAGUUCAGGACUCCAGACUUGACACGAUAUUUUUUGCCAAGCAGGUUAUUAACAAUGCUUGUGCUACCCAAGCUAUAGUCAGUGUGUUACUGAACUGUACCCAUCAAGAUGUCCAUUUAGGAGAGACAUUGUCAGAGUUUAAAGAAUUUUCACAAAGUUUUGAUGCAGCUAUGAAAGGUUUGGCACUGAGCAAUUCAGAUGUGAUUCGACAAGUACACAACAGUUUUGCCAGACAGCAAAUGUUUGAAUUUGAUGCAAAGACGUCCGCAAAAGAAGAAGAUGCUUUUCAUUUUGUCAGUUAUGUUCCUGUAAACGGAAGAUUGUAUGAAUUAGAUGGAUUAAGAGAAGGACCGAUUGAUUUAGGUGCAUGCAAUCAAGAUGACUGGAUCAGCGCAGUGAGGCCAGUCAUAGAAAAAAGGAUACAAAAGUACAGUGAAGGUGAAAUUCGAUUUAACUUAAUGGCCAUUGUGUCUGACAGAAAAAUGAUAUAUGAACAGAAGAUAGCAGAGUUACAAAGACAACUUGCUGAGGAGGAACCCAUGGAUACAGAUCAGGGUAAUAAUAUGUUAAGUGCUAUUCAGUCAGAGGUUGCCAAAAAUCAGAUGCUUAUUGAAGAAGAAGUACAGAAACUAAAAAGAUAUAAGAUCGAAAAUAUCAGAAGGAAGCAUAAUUAUCUGCCUUUCAUUAUGGAAUUAUUAAAGACUUUAGCAGAACACCAGCAGUUAAUACCACUAGUAGAAAAGGCAAAAGAAAAACAGAAUGCAAAGAAAGCGCAGGAAACCAAAUGAAGAAGAUGCUUUGGGAUGUGUCCACAUUUCUGCUUCUGCACUUAUUUUCAUGGAAACCAUUAAGUAUAAAGAACUUUGAGCAACAUCCUAAUUGACUCAAUGCACGUUUGGCGUAGUACCAGUCUGUCUUGUCUUUAAUGCAUGGAUUCCUUCCCUACCUGCAUCAUGUGCAUGUGGUGCAUAUUAAAUAAAAGUGAUGUUGAGAGUGCUUGCCCAAAUCCCAUUAUUUGACAUUGGAUCUGAGAACUUCUGUUGGUUCUCUGGAUAUAUACUAUCACAACGAACCUAGAAAUUGCACAAAUGAUAUUCUCUACCUGUAAUUGUUAAAAUUAAUCUUAGUUCAGUUACAAGCUUAAAAUUUAUGAAUGUCAGAUCUUGAUUAAACUGGAUCUCUUGUUUUCUCUUCAUCAUGAAAAGAAAAUUGGUAUAUGUCUUUGAUAUCUAAACAUUUUGAGGAUUUUAAAGCUGAAUUUUAUCUUGAGAAAGUAUGGUUUUAAUGCAGACCAUUUGAAAAAGACAAAAGUAUAGUUUUUAGUGAUUUUCAUUGCUGCCAGUAGAAAAAGUAAUAAACGUCCAAAUUAUUUUAGCAGACUU